AUGGCUUUCUACUCUCGUCCCCCUCCUCCACCCACGGGUCUUGCGCGAUAUCGCCUUUUGUCUCCAACAGCUGGAGUACAUGUUUCUCCGAUUCAGCUCGGAGCGAUGAGUAUCGGAGAUGCAUGGGCCAACUUGGGUAUGGGAUCCAUGGAUAAGGAGUCGAGUUUCAAGCUCUUGGACGCGUACUACGAUAACGGAGGGAACUUUAUCGACACAGCCAACAACUACCAGGAUGGUACCUCAGAGCUUUUUAUAGGAGAGUGGGCAGAGAAGAGAGGAAUCCGUGAUCGAUUAUUUAUUGCCACAAAGUACACGAAUAAUUUCAGAGCAAGGGAUCCAAAUGCAACCGAUCACAAGAUUUUAUUUGCAGGAAACAACAGCAAAUCUUUGAAACUAUCCUUCAAAGAAUCUCUGAAGAGACUAAGAACAGACUACGUCGACCUCCUGUAUGUUCAUUGGUGGGACUGGGAUACGGGUGUUGAAGAGGUUAUGCGAGCUCUUCAUCAUCUAGUCGCAUCCGGGCAGGUACUCUACCUCGGGAUUUCUGAUACUCCAGCUUGGGUAGUUGUUAAGGCCAAUGCCUUCGCUCGCGCCAACUCCUUGACACCUUUUGUGAUAUACCAAGGUGCCUGGAAUGUCCUUGACAGAGCAUUUGAAAGGGAGAUCAUCCCAAUGGCCAGAUCUGAAGGUAUGGCAUUGGCUCCCUGGAACGUUGUCGCCUCUGGGAAGUUCCGCACCGAUGCAGAAGAGGAAGAACGUGCAAAGACUGGAGAAAAGGGGCGCACCAUCUUUAGCCCAGAAUGGCUUCGAAAUGAUAACGAAAAGAAAGUUAGUGCAGCCUUAGAAAAGGUGGCCCAGGAACUAGGGGUAAAACAUAUCACAUCCGUCGCUAUUGCAUAUGUUUUGCAUAAAACAUCAUAUGUAUUCCCGAUUAUUGGAGGAAGGAAAGUGGAGCACCUUCUUGCCAACGUGGAAGCCCUUGAUAUUUCCUUGACUGCUGAACAAAUUAAAUAUCUCGAAAGCGUUGUGCCUUUCGACGCAGGAUUCCCGCACAAUAUGGUGGGCGAUGGGACAUUCUAUAGGUCUAUAUGGGAGGUUAGCGGACACCUCGAUAGGCAACCCCUUCCACAGGCAAUCACACCCAUAGCCAAAAAAGUUUGA